AUGACCCGUUUCUGGAUCGCCGCGCUCGCUGCUUCAGCCGCCGUCUCCAACGCGGUCACCGUCUACAAGCCAGACGACCGCGAGGCUCAGCUCACAGCCACAGCCUCUGCCGAUGCAGCCACCUACACAGGCUCUGCAGCCUAUGACCCCACUGUCCUUAACCCCCCUGCUCCUCCUGAACAGUUCAACCGAGACUUUGCAGUUCAGCUGUCACCGACCGAGCCCCAAGGGCUGAGUAUCCCUCACAGUGGAUCGUAUUUUGGAUUUUCCAUUGAAUUGUCGGUUGCAAAUCGUGUCAUUGGAACCAACUCGUCUGUCCUCGCCGUUCCUUUCCUUAACCAUAUCAUCAAUAUUGCCAACCGCGGCGGCAAAGUUCGUAUUCGAGUCGGUGGAAAUACCCAGGAACGAGCACUGCUCCGUCCAGAGGGUCUCGAGGGUGGAAAAAUCCUCAUUAAGACUGGCCAAUCCGCGACGACGACCGAUACCCCCCAUGUCGAGUUUGCCCCUGAACUCGUCAAGAUGUUGGCAAACGUUGCUCAACUGGUUCCUUCCGAAAUGUACCUCGGUCUCAAUUUUAUGGACAUCAACGAUGGCAUGGCUAAUCAGGUUCAAUUUGCUGUCUUGGCCGAACAACUGUUGGGCGAUAGUCUUCAUGGUAUUGCAGUUGGUAACGAACCCGACUUGUACGAGCUCGAGAACCAUGGCAAGCGUCCUGCCCCCUAUCCCUUUGAUCAGUACAUGACCGAGUGGGGCAACAUGGCCAAUGCUCUUGCCGCUAAUCCUGGCUACACCAACAAAAACAUUCUCAUGGGUCCUAGCACGUGUUGCAGGAGCAGUAACCCGAACUGGAGUAACGAGGGUCUUGCCGGCGCCGGAUAUUUGCAACGCUUCGCCAACGAGCUCAAGGUUGUCACUGUCCAGCGUUAUCCGAACAACAACUGUGGUACCGGUGAAAUUCGUGUUCCUCAGGAGAUUUACGGCAACUACCUCUCGCACCAACUGCUUUCCCAGCAUGCUUCUGAGUAUGCCGAAUUCUCCAACAUUGUUCAAGCCGCUGGCAAACCUCUCUACAUGCUCGAAACCAACACUGCCGCGUGCGGUGGUUUCCCUGGUAUCUCUGAUUCAUUCGGUGCAGGCCUCUGGGGCGUCGACUGGGCACUCAAACUCGCGACCUACAACUUUUCCACCACCCUUUUCCACGUCGGUGGUCAAGGCGACUACUACAACCCCUUUACUCCUCCCCCCACCAACCAGUCGACGUUCCGCCAAUGGACGACCGGCUCGGUGUACUACUCCACCUUGAUCGUCACCGAGUUGUUUGGAAAGAGCGGAAAGAGCCGUAUCAUGGAUCUCAACGCCAACAACAACGAGAACUUGACUCCCGGUUACGUCGUCUAUGAGGACGGUGCCCCUACCAAGGUCUUGUUGAUCAACUAUGUCGAUGAUGCUUCUGGCCAGCACGACGCGACUGCUCGUAUCCAGAUUGGAGGUGCAGACGGUGCUGCCGCGUCCCCUCUCACCCAGGUCCGCGUCAAGUACUUUUCGGCGCCGAGUGUAAGCUUCAAGGGCAACAUGACAUGGGCCGGUCAAACUCUCGGAAACCACUUUGAAUCCGACGGUCGCCUGCAAGGAACCGAAGUCAUCGAGACCAUCCAGUGCCAGAACAACCAAUGCGCCAUCCCACUCAAGGCGCCCUCGUUGGCACUCGUCUUCCUCACCGAUGCAGCGCUCGCCAACUCGUCCCCUGCCGAGUCGGCAACAACCAGCUUCGAGACCUCGGUCUUGACCCGCGUCCGACACACUGCGACGAUCGACCAGGCGGUGCUCACGACGAGCAAUGGACGCGGUGGGAGCAUGGGUAACCAUCUCGGAAGCACCAGUUUCGGAAGUGUGGGUAACGGUGUGAUUGGAGGGUUCCGUGCUCCCGGUGUGGGUGUCUUGGUUGGACUGGUCGUCGGUGCUGCGGCCGUCAUGGGCCUCAGGUGGUAA